AGAGAGAGAGAGAGAGAGAGAGAGAGAGAGAGAGAGAGAGAGGCUCUCAGAGUGGAAAGUCAGUCCAGUGCAGAUCCUCGGCACACUGUGAGCAACACAGAAGACUGACAAGAGAUGGAGGGAUAGAGGAAAGAAGGGAUAAAGAAGGAGAGAAUCCAGAGACUAAAGAAAGGAUUGAUCAAACCCCUCCUCCUCCUCUUCCCCCUUUUCCUCUCUCUCUUUCUCACUCACUUCAGCUGGACCCCCCCCCCCAUACUCCACUCCUCUCCCCUCGCUCGCGUUUGAUGAAAUUUUGAACGAAAGAACGAGAAGAGAGAGAGAGAGAGAGCGAGGGAGGGCAUUUUUCUUUUUUUCCUCGAUGCUGGGCUCCAGUUUCCUUCGAUGAUCAAUCGUUUUUUAGAUUUCAUUUAGAUCUCGAUUUUUUUUCAUCCUGUAUUAGGUUUUUUUUUUUUUUUUUUUAAACUGAUCGCUGUUUGAUUCUCAAUCGAUCAGAUCCUGAUAGAUUUUGGAUUUACCACCCAGGUCGUUCUUCGCUCCCUCGCUCGCUGGCUGGUUAUGGGGGUGGCUCAGCGCAACAGGGACCCUGCUCUAGCGGACUCGGGUUCGAAACGAAGAAAUUGAGAAAGCGAUGAUUAUUUAAUCAUCAGAACCAUACCGAACACAUAAACUAAACUGCUGCAGAACUAUCCAAGGGGAGGUAGGUGUGCCCGAAUACGAAACCUGGGCAAACUAGAUUUCUACAGACGCUGUCUAUCUCUUUUGGAAAACCAAGUCUGAGUUUUUUUUUGGUUUUUUUUUCGGGGGGAGGGGGGCAGGACGGGACACUCCUCUCUCUCUCUCUCACUCUCUCCGAGGCGCUGGAGUUCACCAUGGCGUUCACCUUUGCUGCAUUCUGCUACAUGCUCGCUCUGGUCUUGUGUGCUGCUCUCAUCUUCUUCGUUAUCUGGCAGGUCAUUGCUUUUGAUGAGCUGAGGACAGACUUCAAGAACCCUAUUGACCAGGGCAACCCAACCAGAGCGCGUGAGAGAAUUCACAACAUAGAGAGAAUCUGCAGCCUGCUGCGCAAGCUCGUGGUCCCGGAGUAUUCCAUCCACGGGCUUUUCUGCCUCAUGUUUAUGUGCGCCUUGGAGUGGGUGACCCUUGGGCUCAACAUACCCCUCCUCUUCUACCACCUGUGGAGGUAUUUCCAACGGCCGGCGGACGGGUCGGAGGUCAUGUACGAUCCGGUCAGCGUGAUGGACGCAGACAUCCUCAACUACUGCCAAAAAGAGUCCUGGUGCAAACUGGGCUUCUACCUGCUCUCCUUCUUCUAUUACCUGUACAGUAUGGUCUACACCCUUGUCAGCUAUUAAACUUUGGAAGCUGCCCUCUGUCCUCAUUCCCGGAAUUCCAGGAAAAUCCAGAAAAAAAAAAUCUGGGAAAAAUCCCAUCAAUUCCUGCUUCAGUUUGUAAGUGGAGACGGACCCAUGCCGGCACGGUUCCGGCUCAGUUCUGGUCUCAAUAUCGGAGGGUAUCAUCAGUUGUCGCGGCGACAAAGCAAGUUUCACGAAGAAUGAAUUGAAUCGCUGCCUGAGUUCAUGGAAUUGAAUUCCCUUGUAAAAGUUUACCUUGUUAAAAUAAAAACUACAGCACAGUGAAGAUAAUGAACCAGCCCCCUUCUCAA